GCUGCUGUGUGGCGGAGCUGAGGGAACAUCUGCGUGACCGGGAAGUGACUCGGGCUUCCCCCCUCCGCUUUUAACACCACUUGGAGAUAUGGUUACUGUGUUUGACUUUAGUGGACACUGAAGCUGAUUCGAACGCGUCGCUGAAAAGUGCUGAUUGAUUAUCAUCACCACAUGGAACUCAUUCCCUCGUUUGAACAUAUGAAGGCUGAUCACUUUAACUGGACAUAUUGCUGUUGAUGUGUGACCAAAGUGCGGAGAUGCCUGGGGCUGACAGCGGCCCAGAUGCAGAGGGACCCGCGCUAUCGCCAGCUACAGGUGAAGGUGGAGUGGAGCAGAGUGGGACGUCCGGGCAGCAGGACAGAGGGACACAGGGGAGAGGAGAGGAGAGCGGAGCUUCAGGUGGUGGAGUCGGGCAGGAAGAUGAAGAGAUGACCAGAGGUUCACAUGACCUCUCCUCAUCGGCCAAUCACAGCCCUAGGAGUGCCACUGAAUCCACUUCAGUUUCAACCGAGAGCGGUGAGCAUGCAGAUGGUGACAAAGGGCAGGCCCACAGAGAAGUGAAGAUCACUGUGGCUGAGAUGAAGAAGAGGCUUCCGUCAGGCAAACGCAGGCACAGCAAAGCCAGCAAUGUGGAGGCCUUACAUUACGCACUUAACUGUGUCAAACAAGUUCAAGCCAAUAGUGAAUACUACAAACUGCUGAUUAGAACUGGCCAGGAUGAGAGGAGAAAUGCCACAGUUUGCUCCCUGGAAGAGUUGGAAAGAGUCACAUCUGAACACACCCUUAAAAACACGGACUCUUUCGUGGUUGUCUUCUCCCUGACGAGCGGCCGCGUGCUUUACGCGUCGGAGCAGGCUCACACCAUUCUAUGCUGCAAGAAGAAGUUCCUGGAGUCGGCCAAGAUUGUGGAGCUGCUCUUCCACCAAGAUGUUAAUGUCUUCUACGUGCACACGGCUCAGCCGCACCUGCCGCCCUGGAGCAACUCGCACACAGCGGGAGCUCUGUUUGACUGCGCGCAGGUCAAGUCCUUCUUCUGCAGAAUCAGGGGAAGGAAGGACCGUGAGGGUGAGAUGCAGUACAAUCCAUUCCGAAUUACGCCGUACCUGCUGAAUGUGCAGGGGACAGGAGCAAGUGGAGAGGAGGAGGAGGAGCCGUGCUCUCUGGCGCUGGCUGAACGCAUCAUCUCUGGAUAUGAAGCCCCUCGGAUCCCCAUGGACAAGCGCAUCUUCACCACCUCACACUCCCCUGGUUGUAUGUUUCUGGAAGUGGAUGACAGGGCUGUGCCGUUGCUAGGAUACCUUCCUCAGGAUCUGAUUGGCACAUCCUUGCUGACUUGUAUUCAUCCAGAGGACCGGCCCCUCCUGCUGUCCAUGCACCGGAAAGUGUUGAGGUAUGCUGGCCAGCGGCCAUUUGAGCACUCUCCGGUGCGUAUGCGCUGUCAGAAUGGAGACUACAUCACCUUGGACACCAGCUGGUCCAGUUUCAUCAACCCAUGGAGCCGCAAGGUGGCCUUUAUCAUCGGACGGCAUAAAGUCAGAACGAGUCCACGGAAUGAGGAUGUAUUUGCUGUUCGGACUCAGGAGGAUUUUACAGUCACUCAUGAAGAAAUUAAAGACCUGCAAGCAAAGAUCUAUAAGCUUUUCCUGCAGCCGGUCAACAAAAAUGGUUCCAGUGGUUACGGCAGCUUGGGAAGUAACAAAUCUCAUGAGCAUUAUAUCAGCGUCGCUUCUUCAAGUGACAGCAAUGGUAACCUAUGGGAGGACUCAAACCGGGAAUCGAUGACUUUGCAGCAGAUCUGUUCCGACGUGCACAGAGUGAAGAGUUGGGGUCAGCGGGCCUAUCUGGAUUCAAACCACAAAAUGUCUCUUUUUGGCAAACCUGCCACAGCACGUCUGCCGCCCGCAGUCUUAAACCCUGAGGUCAGAGAUCAUGAAGAAAGCAGCAAGCAAACACACAUUCCCUCCUAUCAGCAAAUCAACUGUGUGGAAAACGUCAUCAGAUAUUUGGAUAGCUGUACAGGUCCGGCCCUUAAGUGCAAGAGUGGGACUCAUUCCCUGGCCACCUCAUGUUCCUCAGAAGAUGAAAAGCCUGCUGGAGCCGCAGACACGGCUCAGGCCAACUCAGAUGUGGUGGUGUUGGACAGUGAGGUAUCAUUGGGCCCUGCAGCUGUAUUGGGAGCACCUCUCAAAGACAUCACAAUGUCCACCAAGGCCAUGAGUGUGGUCUCAGUCACCAGCCAGUGUUCAUACAGCAGCACCAUCGUUCAUGUGCCGCAGCCUGAGUCAGAGACCACGGCACCAGAGGAUGCACCAAUGGGCAGUGAGCCUGCUGAUGCUGUUCCCACCCACGUCCGUCCAGCCCCUCGCCCCGCCGCAGAGGAGCGAAGAUUUGUCGGUCUCACCAAGCGUGUGCUGUCAGCUCAUACCCAGAAGGAGGAGCAAGAGUAUGUGGAUCGUUUCCGCCACCGCGUCCUCCACAGCCCCUACAGCUCCUACCUGCAGCUGGACAACAGCUCGAUGGCUCACUCCCAUCACCCAGGUGAUAACCUACGUCCAUUGGGCGGCGGUGGUUGUAACCGCUCUCGAAAAGGAAAGCCCAGGUACAAGCGCCCUAAACCCCAGGGUUCUUCAGAUAGCUAUGCCACUCCACCUGGCCCUCCUCGCCGUAUCCCUGACUCUUCCUGGCCUCCAUCAGAGUCAUCUCAGCCCCAGAUGGGGGCGCCCUACGGCCAAACAUCCCCACUCCAGAUGCCAUUCUUCCCUAUAAUGGCGACUCAGCCUAGCCCAGAGCAACCGCCCAGAGCACAACAGAUGCCUGGAGCAACUCCUGUAGUGCUGCAGCCUCCAGACCAAACCCAGCUCAGCUACAACUUCAACACCAUACAGUCGACUCAGAGCCUGUCAGGCAUGCAACCAAUCGAUAUGCAUUCCAUUCCGAGACUUCACACCAUGCAGCCCAUGGAUCCAGCCCAACCCAUCAACCCAUACUUAGCUCCAGUCAUGGCCGUCAUCCUUCCCAACUACCAAACUUUUACUGCAGGUUACCCGACCAUGUUCCCUCCAUCGGGUACCACCAUGCUGCCCCAGGCACCCAUCACCAUGACAGGCUUUGCCCCUGGCAGUUCCCCUUUCCUGCAGCCUCAGUUCCAAACCCAGCCCAGCCCCCACACUAUGACCUCCCCGGUCCCUCUGCUUUGCUCUCCCAGACCCAGCUCCUCUGUUGGGGAGGAGGAGGAGGCGACUGGAGCCCAGGCUUUAUUCUCCAGCUCUCGCUCAAGUUCUCCCCUGCAGCUCAACCUGCUGCAGGAGGAGCUGCCCAAGCCGAGUGAAGGGCAGAGCAGCACCAGGCACAACCACACAGAGAGCCUCCAUGACAACGAGACUGACACCCUCAGUGACUCUGGGAACCAUGAUGCCCAGUCUACAUCCAGUGGGAUGCUUGACCUGCUACUGCAGGAGGAUGCCAGGUCAGGGACCGGCUCCAACGCUUCAGGAUCAGGGGAGUCUGGAGGCUCGUUGGGAUCUGGAUCUGGAUCUGGCUCCAAUGGAACCUCCACCUCUCACACUGGCAGCAGCAUCAGCAGCAAAUACUUCGCCAGCAAUGAUUCAUCAGACACGUCGCGCAGAGCCCGCAAGAGCCAGGAGGCACCAGCAGAGAACCAGCACAGCUUCGACACGCGUGUGGAGAACCCCCUGUGGAGCAUGAUCCAGAACACACCUGAGCGAGUCUUGAUGACGUACCAGAUCCACACCAGGGACCAGACUGAGGUGUUGGCAGAGGACAGGGAGAAGCUUCGGAUCCUCCAGCAUCUCCAGCCCUGGUUCAGCCAGGAGCAGAGAGACGAGCUGGCUGAAAUCCAUCCCUGUUUCCAACAGCACACUAUCCCACAGGAGAUCGAUACACAGGGUUGUGGGACCUGCAGCUCAGAAACCUCCCCUCUGGACAGCCCUCAGCAGGACUCCAGUGGACCUGUGUUGGACACUUGAGAGACAUGGUACCCCUAAAAACAACCCUCACCCGGUUCAUAGCGAACUAGCCCAGCCAGAGACCCACCAAGGUCCCACCAUGCAUCCUUUCUGACCAGUCCAGAGGAGUGUGUCCCUUUUUAUAGAGCCUCUGGCGGGCUUAAGUUUGUAUCCAAGACUCCUUUGGUGCCAUGAGCCACUUGAUGCCCAACUGAGGAAGAGGAGGGUCGUCCGGUUGCUGAACAUGAGCACUAUGUACUCGCAGCCAGUCUGCUGGACCAGUGACUGGGUGACAAAGACAGCGCUGGCCCAGUUGUCGUAUAAAAACACACAGCAGACUGUGCUCCAGUGACACGAAGCGCAGGUUGUGCAGUUUACAUGUACCACAUCAUCUCCUUCGGUGACAUACCAUGGAUUACACAUGGUAGUUUUGUUAUCUUUCCCUAAUGGGCACUAAGACAAAUACACUGUUUAUAAUGUUCAGAUAUGAAUAUUGUAUUUUAAUUUAUAUUAUUCCAUCAGUUCUUGUUUAGAGCAUCAUUGUUUUUUAUGUUACUCUGAGUCAAAAACAACGGCAAACAUGUCGAUAUUUUCAAAUUGAAUUUAGUACAAAAGCAUAAAUGCACCCCAGUUACUUCAAUUCAAACGUCCUGUUGCAGGAGCUUUUCUCUACCCAGCUUCCUGCCUGGUCCUCACCCUGAAGAUGACCUCCAACUGUAAACAGACAGCAGCGCCCCAAAUAUCCUCUGAUCCUGUGUUUACUCUCUGAAUGAAUUCCCCUUCACACUCUGUGUAGCUGACUGUCUGACUGACUGCCUGUUUUUGUGAAACAGAGCGACAGAGGAAUCAACUAACGCAUUGUAGUUCCUACUGGAAUAGAUCAGAUGGCAGGUGAUCUCAUGAAUGUGUGUGUCUGUGUGCGAGCGUGCACACUCUGAUUGAUUGCAAGAUGCUGCCUUUGACACAGUUGUCCAAAAGUACCGGACAAACCAGGGUUUUACCUUUUUUAGAUGGAAAGUAUAUAUUGCGGCGAUGUGUUUUAUAGAAAAUGGUCAUUACAAAUCGAACUUCACAAAGUGUAUAAAAAAACAAUUUGUCUUGAUUUCAGGGACUGUCUGUGACACAAAAGAAUGAAUAAAUGAUCAAUGAUCUAACAUGCA